AUAAGAUACGAGGUAUCUGGUAUCUGUAUUAGGUAUCAACACUCAACAGUGUUGUAAUAUAUUUCAGAUUUUCAGUAUUCUAAGGCAAAAGAAUAGGAAUCUUUCCUUUAAAUUUGAGGAUAUAUUAAUCGGUGCGACUAGUUAUCAAAUUACCUGCGUUACAUAUCCAAACAAACAUUAUGGAAAGAAAUAAAUCCGGUACGGGAACAAGGGGCCCCAAAGCAAAAAUUACCCAGCAACUGCCUGAUUCGUUCAUAGCCCUUGGUGCUAAACAGUCUACUCCACGAGAUGACACUAAGAGGUCUGGGCCUCUCCCAAAAGUUUCUGGGAGUUCCCAUAUCUCGUCGAGCUCAAGUAAAGCUCCAGUGGAUAAACUCAAAAGGGAGGCCACAUCUUCAAGCCUGACCCCUGUCAAUCCAGCGAAGAAACUGAAAGGAAACCUUCCGGGAACACGUCCAGGUAUAUCAGGGGCUGCCGGAUCCAGCUUGUUGUCUUUGGAUCGUUUGGGAGGUGGAUCAGCAGGUGUGGAACCUUGGGAGUCGAUGGUGAUAGACUGUGAUAUUGGUGAUAUGUUUGAAAAUGUUGGCGCUCAGAUUUCUAACGAUAAUACAGAGAAAGCUGUUGGUUAUAUAUUGGCUUUGAUAAAGAACCUAAAGAAUCAAAGGUCGAAACCCUGCAAGGUGGCGUACACAGUGUUUUUCCUUGUAGGCACUUGCAAGCCCUCUUUGUACACUAACGAAUUCGUUGUGAACGCUAUACUGAGUGUCUUGAGGAGGGACGUUAAUGCUGGUCUGAAAGCGAUAAAUAAAAGCAAUCCCUACGUCCACCAGAUAUUUCUGAAUCUGUUGGCACAUGCGUAUUCUGAAGUUAAUAAUUGGCCAGAAAUGUUCGUCAAGCUUUAUGUGGAAGACGCCGUCGGGGACAGAGUUUUUGUGGACAGUCCUUUUUGCAAACCUUUUGUAGACAACAUAGUGACCGCAUUCAACACCAAAAUUCCCCCCUCGUCGUUGUUGAAAUCAGAAACUUGGACAUCCGCCACUAGAGACACAUCUAGUCCUUUGACGAUAAACAGUAUUGACGAAGAUGAAGUUUUCAGUGAACAGAGAGCAAUCGUAGAUACUUGGCAUUCAAAGGUUUAUCCUCGCUUCACUCAAGCGCAAGAGAAAGUGGAGCAAAUCGUACUGGAAGCCAUAAAGGAACAACUGGCUAGGCGGCAACAGCCUGAAACGAUCACAAAGAACUUUGUCCGGUUUCUCAGCACUGCCUGUGGGCUGGUGGAAAUCCGUAUCAUAGCGGUUUCCCGAAUAGAAACGUGGUUGCACAACCACAAGCUGAUGAAACCGGCUCAAGAACUGCUGGCAUACCUGUGUUUCAACUGUUCGACGGUUUCACAGAGAGACGUGGAGGUUAUAGCGCAACUGAGUAAACUGCGCCUGAAGAACAAACCGAUGGUUAAUUAUUUCAACAACUGCUUGAGGGAGAUGGUUUUUUCUUUUCCCGAGAAUUUGUACCCUCUGAUGAAGUACACAAUUUACAAUGAACUGAGUAACACCAGGAACACCAACAAUUUGAUUGUAGUGGGGGCCCUGUUCCAGGUAGCUCCAGAUGCCAGUGCGGAAGCCUUUGCUGAUAUAUGUCUGCAAUAAUGUAUGAACAAAGACGACUACCUGCGCCCCCUGCGCGCCCUCCUCAAGGAAAUCAACCGCGUGCUGCGCCACGAAUUGAACCUGGCGAGCGUCGCGCACGCUCUGCUGCGCGAACGGAAGGAAUUCGCGGCAGGCGUCGCGACGCACGAGUUCCGCGACCGCGUCUUCGCCAGCCUCGCCGACCUCGGGUGCAUGUGCAUGCUGCUGUGCGUGAGUCCGGCGGUGAGGGACGCCGCGACGCAGGGCAAGCGCGACGCCGCCGUGCUGAGGGCCUUCCAGGCGCAAGUGAGCAACGUGCAGAGAGAGUGCGUCACGUGGCUGCACGACUCGGCGCUGCGCGUCUUCCGGCCGGGCGUCGCCGAAUUCGGGCACGCCCUACACAAGGUGCUCUUCCUCGAACAAGCCGAGCAGUACUGCAAGGUAGACUCUUGGCCGGGAGAAAACGAACGCAACCUCUUUCUGCGGCUGGCUAGCGAGGUGCCUCUGCUGCAGACCACCCUCUUGCGAAUCCUCCUGAUCGGCAUAUCAAAGGAGCACCCCGUCUCAGCUCAAGAAGUGAUAGACAUAACGGACCAGCUGAUCAAACGCGUGGCCAACCUCUCGCCCGAUUGCGAUCCGCCCCUCGUCGUCGACAAGACCGAGAUCAUCGACUUUUUCUUCAAUCUGUGCAGUUACAAUUACCACGAGAACUUCACGCUGCCGCCAGGUUACGUACCUCCCAAGUUGGCCAUCACCAACCUCUACUGGAAGGUGUGGCUGAUGCUGCUUAUCCUGGCAGCCCAUAAUCCGCAUGGCUUCGGAAAUAUAGCCUGGAGCAAAUACCCAACGUUGAGGAUGUUCAUGGAGAUGUGCAUUACCAAUUACUUUUCUUUCCCUCCACCUACGAUGACCACUCUGGAAGAAGAUUACCAGACCAAGGAGCAGCAGAUCCUCGUCCUGGAAAAGCAGACGAUUCUGGAAUUCGAGUCGCACCUUGCGGCCGCUAGCACGAAAAUGGAAAUAAACGAGCAGACCAGCUUGCUGCUGCCGCAAUGCAUGGAACUCAGGCCGCAGAGCGAAGCUAGGAGACCCCCGCAGUCUGUUUUGGACCAGCUGCAGGCGCUCAACAAUUCGCACAGGCUCGGGCAUUUGCUGUGUCGGUCGCGGAGUCCUGAUUUCCUUUUGGAUAUCAUGUCUCGGCAAGGGAAUACGGCGCACAUGCCUUGGUUGGCCGAGCUAGUCCACAGUUCUGAAGGAGUGCUGGCCCACCUGCCGGUGCAGUGCCUCUGCGAGUACCUGCUAUCAACAGCUCCUGCAGAAAAGCUAACGAAACACGGCCAACUUCUCGCCCACCUGCGCACCGUCGUCAACGGCAACGACACCCAGAUGGCGUGCGAGGUUCUGGAGUAUCUCUUCAGGCGGCUGACCUCCGACCACGCCCCCAACCGCGCGCAGGCCAGCAGAGGCCUCGGGCUGAUCCUUGCGCCCCCGGAAGACCUCGAAGCAGCCCGCGAGGGCGAAGACACUCAGUGGCUGACUCGGUUCGUGUGCCGGUUCGCUCACUUCUCUCUGAUCAAGCCAGUCGUGGCGCAGUUCCUGAGACAGGCGUUGCAGAUCGAGACGAACCCCUCGAGGGUGUCGAGCUACAUCGACUUUCUGUCGGUGCAGCAGCAGGCCGAGCCUUUCGUAGAGCUGAACGAGCUUAUCACGGAUCUGUCUUCGGUGAUCAUAGAAAGGCAUAGCGUCGCUUCGUAUGUGCUACCCGGAAGGGAUUACGGCACGCUCAGGAAUUUGCUGCAGAUCUUCUAUCUGUACACGCAGAAGGCGAAGGAGAACGGUGAUGAGUCGUACACGAUUAACCAGACGUACGGGAACGAUUACGUUAUAGUAUCUUGGGCUACGGGCGAACAAUGCGCGAUGCAGCCUCUCGUCAUCCACGCCACAAUCGUCCUGUUGACUUACGGCCCUCUCGAUGACUUCAAGGCCUUCGACCUACUUCUGACCAGCUGGUUCCCGGAAAACAUGGAACAUCCCAGAGCUUACUCUCCCGAUACCUCCGAGACGACUUCCUACCUGCCGGACUGGAUGAAACUGAGGAUGAUAAGGUCAAACGUGUCUCGCCUCGUCGACGCCGCCAUCGAUAAACUCGAACCGCCGAAGCUCGUCCUCUUCAUCCAGUCCUUCGGCAUCCCCACGAACAGCAUCAGCAAGCUCCUCCACACUCUCGACAAGGCGACCAUCCUCGAUCCGAAGCUCGUCGUCGACUCCGUCCUGGACAAGACGUACAUGAUCCAGCUGGUCGAGGUGCAGAACAAGAGGGGCGCCGUGGGGGGCGAGACGUUCGUCAAGGCCAUCGAGAUGCAGGUGCCUCCCGUGCGAGAGAUCGAGAUCCAGGUCGACGUCGAGAUCAGGAAGCAGAUGCCGCCGAUGGCCAAGUGGCAGAAGGUCUCUGCGGUGAAUGAUUCGGAAGUCGUGCAUGGUUUGAAUAAUCUGUUCAAUCCCAACGGUUCCGGGGACAGAAACUUGAUUAUAUUGUCGCUGAUUAAGAGUGUCACUUUGAAGAAAAACACGGCCGAUUUGGUCUUCAACUUCAUAAAAUCCAUACCGAUAAACUUCACUCUGCCCGUCAUUCUCAAGUACAACUCGAUAUCAACGCUGUUUCGUCUCAUCUUUACCACUUCUAGUGCUUCCCCAGAAAAAACCGCCAUCGCAUCACAAUUCCUGAAGUUGAUACCGGACAAAAAGUCUUGCGUCGCCGUCGUUCUCCGGCAGUUUUUGAAGGGAAGCGGCAUCGAUAUGGAAGACGUGAAAAUGGAAGUCGAUCUAGAAGUGAAGAUGGAAGAGAAGCCGGUAGCUCUGUCUGGCCAUUACGAUGGUAUGGGGGGUGAGCUCGGGAAGAUGCUUCUGGAAGAGGGUGGCUCCAAGGCUGAGAAAACGGGACUAAUGAUCGACUGGCUGUCGACCGUUGAAUUGGAAAUCGCAAAUUCCGACAAACAUAAGUUGCAGAUGGAUCUAUUAUUUUCCAAACAAAAACUCCAGUUCAGACCGUUGCUGAUGUCGUUGGUGUUGCAAAGAGCCAGCUGGCAGAUAUUACACGGAAUCAUGACAUAUCUUUUGAGAGAGAACAUAUCUUCUGAAAUAUGUGCCGUCUCUGCUCUGGACUUUCUGAAUGCCCUCACCAAGAGCCCCAAGUUAUGGCAAGGAAGAGACAAGGCCAUACCUAAACAUCAUCAUGCAGAGGAUAUAUUGCAGCUAACGUGUGAUCAGGCCUUGGCAAUGAUACGGUACAUCAUAGAAGAAGCAAAAACAAACCAACCUAUGUGGAAGACGAAAAUGGAAUCUCGCCUGCAACUCCUGCUGAAAUGUCUGGGCAGCAACGCGACCGCUAUAAUGAAAACUCUGCUGCACGAAUCUGACGAGGACGUUUACUCUCGCGAACUGCUUCUGAUGAUCUACAUGUCGUUGCCGUACUCUGGUCAGGACAAUAUGAAAAUCGAACCAGAAAUGUGCUCUGAAGUCUACAACAAGAAUUGCCCAAGCACAGUUGAUGAGAUAUCACACUGCCUGUUCAGCGCCUUGGCCUCCACUCCACGCAGUAAGGACUGGCCCAAGAAGAGCUCCGAAUUAGAACUCUGCGCUCGAAAACUAGCCGCCACGCACCCCGUCCUCGUACUGAGGCAGCUGCCGAUGCUCGCCGGCUGCCUGAAGGGCAGAGCGCAGUACGAUUGGGGCGUUCUCAGGUCUCGGGGGCACUUCGCGCUCUUUGGCCAAGUACUCGGGUUGGUGGAGCUGCUACAGCCCCAUGUUUUCGAUCAGACGGGCACAUUGUGCGAUUUACUCGACUCAUACUUUGCGCUGCUGCAGUUUCAUGGACACUCGAAGGAGCUCGGUGGGCUCGUAGGGAGGAUCGUUGCUUUCGUGCAGAAUUGGAUGGUGAGGGACGUCAAGGGGGCCUCGAAGUAUCUGCAGGAGCACGGAGGAGUGCUGAAUGAUAUCCAGUUCAACCAGCCGGGCGUCCGCCCCCUGCUGUCCAGCGUAUCCCUCCCGAUAGGCGGCGACCAAUCCACCUCCAGUGAAAUCCUAGUCGGCACAGUGACGCCCCCCGUGCCCGAAUCAUUCCCGCAGCACUGGCCCCAGCUGAAGACCGCCCUUCAAUCCACCGACAACCUCGCCGCCCUCCAGGAGCUCGAUCACGUGACCGUCAGACGGCCCCAGUGGCUCUCGGAUGUCUCGCAGCACCUGCUCAACUCGAUCGGCUCCUCGAGCGGCCCCAUUCGCUCCCUGGCGUUGCUGCUGAUCGUGCGAUGGCUCAAGCAAUACCCGGGGGCGGCCGGGGAAGCACUCCCCGCAGUGCUCGCCUGCCUCGACAGCGACAACGGUGACGUCGUGGAAAGCGUGCUCGACAGGCUCUCGGACCUGGUGGCCGUCAUGCAAGAGUACGCCAAGGUGAUCCUCACGAGGGUCUUCCGGCUGGGCAUGAAGUCCACUACGAAUACUACUACGAAUAUUACGAAGAGUGUUGGUUUGUUAAGUUUGCAGUACGGGUGUUAAAGAGCGGCCAGAGGCGCUUCGUGUACAUAUAGAUUAAGAGUAAAUAUACUUGAGUUGUUUUGUAUGAUAUUUCGGUAAUCAAUUAAAUGACGAGUCGUGAA